GCAAAGUUUUAAAGGGUGGCAAGUAGGAUCCUUUAUCUUAAGGGUUCUUAAUUAAUAUAAAGCUACCACAUCUUACGUUGUGCACUUGUCAUAAACGCUUUUGUGACAGAAUCCUGUGUGCCGCGUUUGGAUAUUGCUUGUGACGUUGUCAUGAUAUAAUUGACUUGCAUUUAGUGCACGGGUUAUAUUCAUACGACUGUAUAUAUUUUAUUCGAUUGUACAUUGUAGUUUUUUUGCCAUUAAUUUUCAUUUUAAGCAUUUUGAUCGGUCGAUAAUACACACGGAUUGGUUGUCAAGAUGUCGCAGAACUUCAAGAAUAUGAGUGUCGCCUCUAACGAGACCACCAACGGCCUCGCCAGAGACCUUGAGGACAACAGGAAGAACCAGCCUAACCCUGCAUACAUGAUGUUCACUGCCAUCAGUCAGGGUUUCUGUGUCAUGCUUAACCUUCACGUUAUGUUCAUGAUGUCCGGUAUGGCUCCUGCUGUUUUGGGUGUUGAGAACUUUGCUUCUCUCGUUGUUUUCACUUUGGAAGGUGCUGCUUUGUUGGUUAACAUCAUUAUUUUCUGGAUGAACCCAUUGAAGCCAUGGUUCACUGUAUUCCUUUGCCUCAUUCAGGCUAUAGGCAAUGCAUUCCAGAUUUUCGUUGUAAGCAAGUUCACCGGUACCCUUGGUAAGGGUUUGUAUCUUGGUGGUACUGCUGCUCUUGGUGCCAUCUUCGGAUCAAACAUUAUUACUUCAUUCACCUUCAUUGCUUUCGGUCCUGUUAACCACCUUGGUGCUUUCAGUUUCGGUUUCGCUAUUGGUGGUAUUGUACCAUUCACUCUUUCUGUUAUCCUUCAGAACACUGUCUUCACUUCUAACAGUGCUGAUGAUGUUCGCAAGUCCAUGUACUGCAUUAUUUCAUUCGUUAUUUGCAUGUCCAUUGUAUCUGCUAUUAACUUGGCUAUUUACUUCACCAGGGCUUCCAUUAAGGAACACUACAAGCGUGUUGAGGCUGAGGGUCUCAGCACUGUGAAGUGCACUUUCAGGGAUGCUAUGAAGGGUCUUAAAUACGCAUGGAAGAUUGUUGUUGUUCAGUUCUUGAGUUACAUGAACUUGCUCACCUUCUACCCUGGUGUCGUUCCUAGCUGCAUGGACUUGCCAUUGAACCGCAAGAUUAUGCUCAUUGGUGUGUUCCAGAUCAGUGAGACUGUUGGUCGUGGUAUUGCUGUCUUCAUUGAGAAGAAGUACUUGCUUUGCAACACUUUGACCAAGGUUAUGGUUUUGACUGUUGCUAACAUUGGUACUGCCAUUUUCCUUCUCUGUGCUAUUCUCUAUCACCAGAUUGUUUUCUUCAACAACAUUGUUUCUAUCACCAUUGGUAUCAUUACUCUUGGUGCUGUCGGUGGUUACUGCAACUCUUUCGCUGACAGGUGCAUUAGGGAGGAGAUUCCCGAGGACCUUGGAAAGGAGGUCACUGUUUCUGCUACCACUGUCUUCCGGAUCAUUGUAACUGGUUUCUGUGUUUUGGGUAGUCUUGGUUCCACUUUCUUGGUUCCCGCCAUCCCCAAGAUCCCAGAGCCAGUUGUUAAAGCUGCUGAGCAGCUUGCUGAGAAGGUUGCUGAAGGUGCUGGCGCUGCUGCUAACGCAGCUAGUACUGCUGCUGAGGCCGGUGCUGGUGCUGCUGCUAACGCCGCUGCUACUGCUGGCGCCAUGCUCAGUGAAACGGCAAAAACUGUUUUGUCCAGUACCGUGCACCCUUAAGUAGCCUAACCAUUUAGGUGUUUUUGUCCUAUUUUAUCUAAAAAACUAUGAAUACAUCCGCCUAUUGCAGAUGGCCUCUGUGAUGCCUCAAAAAGUUUCGGUGGCCAUGAUGCUCAUUGUUUCAUCCACUAGGGCGUAAUUUGUUCAAAAUCGUCAUGUACUGUAUU